AUGCCGUCACCUUCGCUGCCGCCUCCGUCGAAUGCUGUCAGCAACGAUCGGCCUCUCAAAAUAACCAUCAAACUAGGUGCCGACAGUCAUCACAAUUGCAGAGCUCUCUACAAAUCACGCGUGGAAGCGCCGCCGGUAGAGCACGAAAAUGUUCCGGCAAAGCGCGCGAGGGCAGAUGCUGCACCUGAGGGAUCUCGGCCGCCACCAAUUCCCAUUGCAGAAGGCCCACAUGGAGUAGAAGCACAGGUUCUUGCGAUCAAGCGGCCUCGCCGGCAUAUCCGUGGGCCGUCAGAACGUUAUCAAAGUUCAAAAGCUGAAGGUCGUGCAGACGCAGAUGCCACGGACUCUAAAGGGAAGUCGUCGAACACCGAAAAUCAAUUGCGACCCGCAGAGGCGGCGCAAGUUCUUCCAGGUCGGCGCCCGCCGCAGGCGAAGGAUGCUGGGCAAUCGUCGUCGACGGCAGAAAAGAAGAUCACAUUCUCGCUCGCGCUGACGAAAGAAGAAAUUAUCGAGGAUUUCACUGCGAUGAGGCUGCCGCUGCCUGCGCGACGACCCAAAAAAGUGCCGAAUUCGCGAUUCAAGCAUCUCUUUCCCGGCUCCGGCUUGCCGAAAUCUGUGACUCCCGGCAGGUACACAGUGAAGGGCCCGGGUAACCGCUGA